AUUAUGAAUUUUAAAAACUGUUGUGUUUUGCGCGUGCGCGCGUGUGUAGACUGCCUUCAGCGCUGUCAGGCCUCAGGAGGUAAACACCGCUGUCACCGAGUGUUCAAGACUCUUCCACUGCCUGAUUCCACCGGCUGAAGGACAUGGCCCAGACAGCGGAGCACCUCCAUUGUUUACGGAUGUUAUUACUCUGAACAAACGUCUUACAAUACUUCUUCUUUAGAUCUGCAUCGCUCCAUCUUUAGCCAUGUCGUCCCGUGUGCUGCUGCGGCAGCAGCUGAUGCGAGAACAAGCCCAGGAGCAGGAGAGACGUGAAGCCCAGAAGCAGGCCUCUGCCUCUCAGCUUCGGCCUUGUGAUUCCACUCCAGCCAUCUCUGUCACACUUCCCCAAAAUGCUGCCCGAUCCUCUCCAGCACAGGUGCCUGUGGAGGUGCUCAAGGUGCAGACCCAUUUGGAGAAUCCCACCAAGUACCACAUCCAGCAGGCCCAAAGGCAGCAGGUGAAGCAGUAUCUCUCUACCACACUGGGCAACAAGGCAGUCACUCAGUCAUUAGGUGUGUCGCCUGUACCACAGUCCAGUUCUGCCCCUGAAGUUGCCCCGAUUGCCAUCAGUGCUCCUAAUAGUCCUAUGGCUCUGCUCAACAUCGGCUCCAGCAAGGAAGAAAUUGACGAUGUGAUCGAUGACAUCAUUAGUCUUGAAUCCAGUUUUAAUGAUGACAUCAUUACCUUGAUCGACUCAGGCCUUCAGUUACCCAGCACGCUCCCAGGAAUGUUAAAUGUGUACCAUAGCCCUGGAAUGGCAGCGCCCACGAUGACAGUCAGUAACUCCUGCCCUGCUGAUCUUCCAAAGAUAAAAAGGGAAAUUACUGAAGCAGAUGCUAAAGCCUUGAUGAAAGAAAGGCAGAAGAAAGACAACCACAACCUCAUUGAGAGGAGGAGAAGAUUUAACAUCAAUGACCGUAUAAAGGAGCUGGGUACUCUCAUCCCCAAGUCCAGUGACCCGGAGAUGCGUUGGAAUAAAGGCACCAUUCUGAAAGCUUCUGUGGACUACAUCAGGAAGUUACAGAAAGAGCAGCAGCGAUCCAAAGACAUUGAGAUGAAACAAAAAAAGCUGGAGCAGGCAAAUCACACGCUGAUGUUACGCAUCCAGGAACUGGAAAUGCAAGCAAGGCUUCAUGGCCUCCCCAGUUCUUCAAGUGCCUCCUCUUCCCUGAGUGGCGAGGCCUCCACUCUGCUGCAGCAGGCUCUCUCGCGGGGGGGGCAGGCUUUUCCUGCCACUGCCGGAGGAGUUGGGGGGAAAGGAUCCUCCUCUCAGAACAUCCUCACCCUUGGAGGUGUUGGACAACCUUUGCAAGCUUCCUUUCUCUCUCCACCGUCCUCAGACUCUCCUGCUGCAGUCACCAUCAGUAGCCCGCUAGACUUGGGCAGCCUGAGUUUCGCUGAGCUGGACGACCCGUCAGCCUCGGCCCUUUACUCCAGCGUCAGCUUAGGAGACAUUUUAAUGGGCGAUGGAUGCACCCUUUCUCCCGAAAGGGAGGGCGAUCCACUAUUCUCUCCUUUGUCUCCGGGUGCCUCUAAAACCAGCAGCCGCAGAAGUAGCCUGGAGAUGGAUGAAGACUUGUGAUGGGCCCUGUGUGGUGGUCAGUGACCUGUCAGUGGUUUUUCUUGAAGUGAACGAUCCUUGUUGGUGUGCUUCUAAAGAGACAAAGCAAGAGUCCCUAGUGGCAUAUUUGGAAUUUGUCAGAUGAACUGUCCUGUAAAUGUUUGAGUGUUCUUUCUGUUGGUCGUUGUGGGUAGUUCUGCUGCACUGACUCAACGCAAAGGAUCUUGAAAAGAAUUCAGCAAUUUUCAUAAUCUUUAAGAACCAAUAUUAGUUAUUGCAGACAAAAAUGUCAAAAGGUGCAGUCCAUCAGCAGAUGCUAGUCUGUUAAUACCUAGUUUUAAAAUCACAGUUAGCUCAUAUUUAGAUGGAAAUUAACAGAAAUUUAGAAACACAAAAAUAUAUGUUCUUUCUGUAAAGACGGAUUUACAGUUGUUUCUAUAUGAAGAAUAUAUGGAUUUAUAAGUGGAAGUUUAAUCUAGAUAACUAUUGUACAUAGAUUAAGGCAUGCAUUUAGAAUAAUGCAAUAUUACAUUAUGAUGGAGACUUUACAUUUUUUUUAGAUACAUAACAGGGAUAUGAGGCUGGCUUGAAUUUAUUACAGCAAACCUUUUUUAAUCAA